AUGAUAGCCGGGCUAGUUGAAGAUGUGGAAUUGGCCAAUAGAAAAGAAGACCACGUUGCGAUCCCACAAGAGGUGCGUGCCUUACCCAUGACUGAUAUUAUAGCACUGCCUGAAGCAGCUCAGUCAACCAAGCGGACGGAGGAGGCACUGGGGAUGCGGUUGCGUUCUGGUCGAGCGAAGCUCCACGCUCCAGCCAAGAGGAAGGCACGAGAGCCUGCCGUCCGCAGCAGUUUAACCACACUGGCGUAUCUUAUCGUUUUUAUUGAUGACCGCCGGGACGAACCAGAGCGUGGACGGUGCUAUCGCGUCCGAUUCAAGGAUGGGUCUGAAGAUUGGCUUCGUCGUCGAGGCCUAGAAGAAGACGGCAACACCCAGGAUUGCGACUUCGUGGACGCGUGGUAUGAUUUAGACAAAUGCCGUACCAAUCCGUUCUGCAGGUUCUUGAAUGGCAUACCUGGGUACCGCUCUCACCAGAAGGCAGGAGAAGAUGCGGACUGUGUUCGUCUCGCAGUGAAUGCCAUAUACAAGCGAGAAGGUUGGGCUCCCCUUGUGUCCAGAGAAGACUGGGAGAUUUUCUCAGGGCAAAAAAUAUCAGCUUGGACGAAGGACUCAAGUUAG